CUGCCUCCAGCGUCAAUCCUUCGCCGUUGCUCACCAUCGUUGAGCCGCCCGCCGACCGUUUGUCUGUUUCGGCACGGGACGGGCAGGCGGCAGCACUUCACACACUCGCACGCUCUCCAGCAUGGACCCCCGGGCACUCCUCAAGGACCUUCAAUCACACACGCUCUCGCUCACGCAUGAAGUGGCACCUGAGCGGACGGUGACGUACGCCAUUGAUGACUCGCACGAGCUGGUCAUCCACGAGGACGACUCGGGCGGCGUGGCGACGGUGGUGUGGCAGGCCGUCCUCGUCCAGUGCCGGUACAUGCUGCGUCAUGGCCUGGGCAAGCCUGGUGGAGCUUGCCUCGAGCUCGCCAAAGGCACCGUUGUCGAGCUCGGCGCAGGCACGGGCUUUGUUGGCCUCUUUAUGGCAAAGUACCUCGCAGGUGGAGACGUGGCCGAGUCGGACAGAGUCCUCGACCAGGUCUACCUCACCGACAUCGAUGCGCCAAAGGUCAUGGCCGUCCUCGACGCCAACGUGGCCGCAAACGGCGUCGCCGACGUCUGUACCGUCGCUCCGCUAGAUUGGCGCGCGCCCGAAGAGUGGUCGCACACAUCGAGCGAGGCCGCCGACGGCAAGCCGGUCCCGGCCCACAUUGUCGUCUGCGAGUGCGUGUACAAUGGCUACUUCCACGAAGCCCUCCUCGCCUCGCUACGCCAUCUCGCCGGCAGUGAGACCCUUAUUCACAUCUGCUUUGCUGAGCGCAACCCCGAGGGCGAGGCGGCCUUCUUUGUCCGCGCCGCAGAGCUCGGCUUUGAGGUCACCAAGAUUGCCGACGACAUUGUCGACGCCUGCAAGUCGUCCAACGACGCCAUCGGCGACAACGAGGCCCCGGUCUAUCUGUACAUGCUGCAAAAGGCGUCGACGCCGCCUGCUGCAUCGUAAACGUUCAUGCCUACACCUGCCGCCGGCCUCAUGUCCGCCGGCGUGUCGUGCACGCCUGCCGCGGCCGGCGCGGGUUCUUGUGCCGGGCCCGCGCCCGCACUCCCUUGCGCGCCCCGCGGG